AUGCUUGGUCGUCGUACUACCUUGAAACAUCCCAGAUUCCGCACUGCCAUCGCAAAAAUAGAUCACGACAUCCGACUUGGAAUCGAAGCCGACGAAUACCUCUCCAGCGCUAAGUACCUUUGGAAGAAUCAUCUAGCACCCUUACUGCCAAACGCCCCAUCGUAUUUGCCCUUCCUCAACCCCCCUCCAGAUAAUGCAGAUCUGUCUACUCGUCUUCUAGGAUGGAUGGUGGACCACGAAAAACCAUUUGUUUAUGAUAGCCUGGCUCUGGUCUGCAAGUUUGCUUUCAAUGUUGUUGUUACCAUUAGGCCUUUUGUUAUGAGGUUCUACAAGAUCCCAUAA